UGGUAUUGCGUGUACGCCUGUCAGCAGAUAAAGUUUUAGAAACGUAAACACUCCAGCCGGUACGAUUACUAGGAUUUUUAUGAAAUUAAAAAGAGCCUCACUCUCGUAGCCUCUUAGUAAUCUGUUAAGAAAUUCGGACGAGCAAUGCAUACGGUUUUGACGAGAGGAAACGCCAUCCUGGCGUACACACUCAGUGUGCUCGCAGGACUGACGUUUUGUUGCUUCCUCUCGACUUUGUUCGUCGAUUACAGAACAGAGGCUCACAUGAACACCGUCAAAGUAGUUGUCAAAAACGUACCCGACUACAGUGCUUCAAGGGACGAAAACGACCUAGGGUUCCUCACUUUUGAUCUGCAAACUGACCUUACACACCUGUUCAACUGGAAUGUGAAACAACUAUUCCUCUACCUCACCGCAGAAUACCAGACGCCCAACAAUGCCUUGAAUCAGGUUGUGCUCUGGGAUAAAAUCAUUCAGAGAGGUGAGAACGCCGUGCUGGACUUCAAGAACGUAAACACGAAGUACUACUUCUGGGAUGAUGGAGAAGGAUUGAAGGGCCACAAGAAUGUUACUCUGACCUUGUCUUGGAAUGUGAUUCCAAAUGCGGGGCUUUUACCAAACAUCUUUGCUAUCGGGCAACAUUCUUUCCAGUUUCCCAAUGAAUACGCCAAGACGAGAAUGUGAAAGUUUGAAUGAUGUUCUAAUUAUGUAAGUAAAGGAUUAUGAAUGGAAAAUAAAUUUUUUGUUGUAA